AAAAAGCCAUUUCGUUGGAAGCUUACUCUGACUCCAUUACUGCAUUCUCCAUCUUCUUCUUCUUCUUCUUCUUCUUCUUCUUCUUCUUCUUCCUUCUCUUUUCAAUCUCAUUUGUGAACAUUUGUGUCUGCAUUUUGACACAAAAGGAAUUGGAGUUGAAGAAAUGGCAAUGGCGGAAUCUGGAAAAUGGAUUCGUUUGAUUCUUCUUGUGAUGUUCAUGUUGUUUGUCGGAGCAAUUGCUAGAGUUCCCAAAGAGAUUCCUGAAACUGAGAAUGGAGGAAGUGAGAAGUUGCAGAGCUCAAGCAACUCAACGAUGGCGGUGAGGUUGGAUGAGACUAAGGAUCUCGGUAAUGAGCAUGCUGUGGACAACCCAGAAGAGAUUGCUGCUAUGGUUGACAUGAGUAUCCGCAAUGCUACUGCGAGGAGAGAGCUCGGUUUCUUCUCUUGUGGAACCGGCAAUCCUAUUGAUGACUGCUGGCGUUGCGACCCCAAUUGGCAACAGAACCGCAAACGUCUCGCAGAUUGUGGCAUUGGCUUUGGCCGAAACGCCAUCGGUGGCCGUGACGGUCGAUUUUAUGUUGUCACUGACUCGGGCGACGACAACCCUGUCAACCCAAAGCCUGGUACUUUGCGACAUGCCGUCAUCCAGGACGAACCUCUCUGGAUUGUGUUCAAAAGAGACAUGGUGAUUCAGCUGAAACAAGAGCUGAUUAUGAAUAGUUUCAAGACAAUUGAUGCUCGUGGGACCAAUGUUCACAUUGCUAAUGGUGCUUGCCUCACAAUCCAGUUUGUGACCAAUGUUAUUGUCCAUGGUCUAAACAUCCAUGACUGCAAACCCACUGGAAACGCCAUGGUAAGAAGCUCACCCAAUCACGUUGGGUGGAGAACAAUUGCUGAUGGUGAUGCCAUUUCCAUUUUUGGAUCAAGUCAUAUUUGGAUCGAUCACAAUUCACUCUCUAAUUGUGCUGAUGGUCUCGUUGACGCUGUCAUGGGAUCCACUGCCAUUACCAUCUCCAACAAUUACUUCACCCACCACAAUGAGGUUAUGUUAUUAGGACAUAGUGAUUCUUACGUUAGAGAUAAACUGAUGCAAGUGACCAUUGCUUACAAUCACUUUGGUGAAGGACUCAUCCAAAGAAUGCCAAGGUGUAGACACGGAUACUUCCAUGUGGUGAACAAUGAUUAUACUCACUGGGAGAUGUACGCCAUCGGUGGAAGUGCAAAUCCAACCAUCAAUAGUCAGGGUAACAGAUAUGCUGCCCCAACCAACCCUUUUGCAAAAGAGGUAACAAAGAGAGUUGAGACAGCUGAAAGUGAGUGGAAAGGCUGGAAUUGGAGAUCAGAAGGAGACCUUUUGUUGAAUGGUGCCUUUUUCACUCCAUCUGGUGCGGGGGCCUCAGCAAGUUAUGCUAGAGCUUCAAGCUUGGGAGCUAAAUCUUCAUCCAUGGUUGGUACCAUAACAUCCAAUGCCGGUGCACUUUCCUGCCGAAGAGGCCACCCGUGCUAGCAUUCCGUUCCUCUCGGCCAUCACAGAACACCCUUUCUCUAUUAUUCUUCUCUGAAUUUUUCAAAUAUUUACUUACAAAAUAGCCUUACCCACCAAUCUCCAUAUAUUCUAUCAAAAUUCAUAUCUCCUCCCUUCCUACCUACCUUCUUUUAUCAUAUCCAAAAACAAGUGUACAUUUUAUUAUCUCGUCUCUUGACCGAGACGUUUCCUAUUUGAACACGUCCCCAGUUUGCUGUUUGUUGAGAGUCAGACACUCUGAAAUCGCUCGACCUCGGCCUGCUUCGACUCGAAAAAACACACCAUUUGCCGUUCGGCAAGCAGGUGCGGAAGCGUUGUUCUUGUGUGUUCAUUUAUUCCCUUCACACUUCCCCCUCUCCCUCACUUUUCUUCUUUCCAAAUCCAUUCCAACUCUUUCGCUUCCACCUAUCAUCAUUAUUCUCACUCUCUUAUGUCUACUCUUCUGUUCUUAUAGGAUCUGAAUGUUUUGAGUGUUUUUCUUUUCUUCCUUUUUUUAUUUUCUUUUACACUAUGUUCUGUUUAGUGAUACAAGUUAUAGUAUGUUUGUCAAACAUUUAAUUAUCAAAGCAAAAGUUUGCUAAAGAUGAUAGCAAAUAUUGUUCA